AUGCAGCGUUCGGUGCUCUCCCCCUUGCGCCGCGCUGUGGCAGGCAGUGCCGGCGGCGGCAAAGGCGCCCCGCUCUCCGCCGCAGCGUCGCGCCCCUUUGCCUCGGCAUCGGAGCCCCAGCCCCAGGGCGAGGACGUGGGCAGCUUCCCCUUUGCCAGGCCCAAGGGCUACGAGCCGCCUGCCGAGUUUGCGCGGCUGCGCCGGGAGUGCCCCGUGGCUAGGGCCCGCCUGUUUGAGGGCAGCCCCAUCUGGCUCAUCACCAAGCCGAGGGAGCUGCAGCAGGUGCUGGUGGACAACCGCUUCAGUAAGGUCCGCACCCACCCUGGCUUCCCGGAGCUGGCUCCGGGUGCCAAGGCUGCGGUGGAGGGGCGGGAGGCGAGCUAUGUCGACAUGGACCCGCCAGAGCACACCCGCUACCGCGCCAUCUUCGAGCCCUUUUUCGACGCCGAGGCAGCCCAGGUGGAGGAGCUGAUUGACGGCAUGCAGCGGCGGGGGCCCGGCGCCGACGGCGGCGUGGACCUUGCGGAGGCGUUCUCGCUGCCGCUGGCCUUCAGGGUGAUCUACGAGAUGCUGGGCAUCCCCUUCGAGGACUACGAGUUCCUGUCCAGCAACGUGGCGGUGCGCGCCAGCGGCAGCUCCACCGCGCGCGACGCCGCCGCGGCGCAGCAGCAGCUGCAGGAGUACAUGGAGGGGCUGGUGGCCGCCAAGGAGGCGAAGCCUACUGACGAUGUGCUGAGCAAGGUCAUCCGGAGCCACCUGGUGGCGGGCAAUGCCACCGUCGCCUCCAUGAUCAAUCUGGGCCUGCUCAGCCUGCUGGAACACCCCGACCAGCUGGAGGCACUCAAGGGCGACCCCUCGCUGCUACCAUGCGCGGUGCGAGAGAUCUGCCGCUACCACACUGCCUCAGCCUACGCUCUGAGGCGUAUGGCGCUGGAGGAUGUCAAGGUGGGCGACGUGACGGUGAAAGCGGGUGAGGGCCUCAUCGCGCUGAACCAGAGCGCCAACCGGGGCGAGGAGGCCUUCCCAGACCCAGACGCCUUUGACAUCAGGCACUCCCCGAACCCGCAGGUGGGCUACGGGUAUGGCACCCACCUGUGCGUGGCCAUGCCUCUGGCGAUGGCGGAGCUGGAGUGCGCCUUUGGCGGCCUGCUGCGCCGCCUGCCCACCAUCAAGCUGGCGGUCGCGCCCGACCAGCUGCAGUGGUCAGACCCGAAGGCAGACGUGGGCCUGACCGGCCUGCCCGUCACCUGGUGA